GAACGGCCAGCUUACCUCCCAUUGCCUGAUGCUGCUGAUAAGAGCAGGAUGGCUUUAAACUCAGGGUUAUCCCCGGGUGUCGGACCCUACUACGAAAACCAUGGAUACCACCCAGAAAACCUCUACGCCCGCCAGCCCCCUGUGGCUCCCCAUGUCUACACAGUGUAUCCGGCGCAGUACUAUCCGUCCCCGGUCCCACAGUACACCCCGAGGGUCGUGACGCAGGCCACCACGCCCGCCGUGCGCAGGCAGCCCAGCUCCCGGUCGGGCACAAGCUGCACCCCAAAGGCUAAGAAGGCACUGUGCAUCGCCUUUGCCCUGGGCGCCUUCCUCGUGGGGGCUGGGCUGCUCAUCGGGCUGCUCUGGAACUUCCUGGAGGACAGGUGCUCAGGGAUGGAGUGCGGCCCCUCGAGGAUCUGCAUCCACACCUCCCAGUGGUGUGACGGGGUCCUACACUGUCCCAACGGAGAGGACGAGAACCGCUGCGUUCGCCUCUAUGGACCAAACUUCAUCCUCCAAGUGUACUCAUCACAGAGGAAGUCCUGGCACCCCGUGUGCCAAGACGACUGGAACGAGAGCUACGGGCGGGCGGCGUGCAAGGACAUGGGCUACCAGAGUUUUUAUACUAGCUCCGGAAUAGCAGACAACAGCGGGGCUACCAGCUUCAUGAAACUGAACCUCAGUGCCAGCAACCGCGACCUGUAUCAACAGCUCUACCACAGCGACACCUGCUCCUCCAAGGCCGUGGUGUCCCUGCGCUGCAUCGAGUGCGGCGUGACCUCGCCCGGCAGGCAGGGCAGGAUCGUGGGCGGGUCGAACGCCGCCCCGGGAGAAUGGCCCUGGCAGGUGAGCCUGCACGUGCAGGGCAUCCACGUGUGCGGAGGCUCCAUCAUCACCCCCCAGUGGAUCGUGACGGCUGCCCACUGCCUGGAAGAGCCUCUGAACAGCGCCCGCUACUGGAUGGCGUUUGCUGGGAUUCUGUCGCAGUCCUUCAUGCUCUACCAAAGCGGAUACCACGCUGAGAAAGUGAUUGCCCACCCCAACUACGACUCCAAGACCAAGAACAACGACAUCGCUCUCAUCAAGCUGCAGACGCCCCUGACAUUCAACGACAGAGUCCGCCCCGUGUGUCUGCCCAACCCAGGCCUGAUGCUGGAGCCGGAGCAGCCCUGCUGGAUUUCCGGGUGGGGGGCUACCUACGAGAAGGGGAAGACGUCGGACCUGCUGAACGCCGCCAUGGUGCCCCUGAUCGAGUCCUGGAAAUGCAAUACCAAAUACAUCUACAAUAACCUGAUCACACCCUCCAUGAUCUGUGCGGGCUACCUGCAGGGGACCAUCGACUCCUGCCAGGGCGACAGCGGCGGGCCUCUGGUCACUCUGAAGAAUGACAUCUGGUGGCUGAUCGGGGACACGAGCUGGGGGUCUGGCUGUGCCAAAGUUAACAGACCCGGGGUGUACGGCAACGUGACGGCGUUCACAGACUGGAUCUACCGACAGAUGAGGGCAAACAGCUAAACCGGCCGACUUUGCCCCUGAGGUGCCCGCGGGAGAGUGAGGGGCCGACUCUUCAUCCCCCGCCC